GGAGUAGCGCUGGGAAUUUGACGACUCCGGGAAUUGUUGUUGUUGUUGUUUUUGUUGUUGUUGUUGUUUUUCUCCCUUCCGGAGCAGAAACCCAGCUGUCGCCCCGUGGAUUGUAUGUUCGUCCUCGGUUUUUGCUUCUUUCUUUUUUUUUGUCGUCGCGGUUUAAAUUGUGAAUGCCGUCGUAAUCAUGGGGUUUUUGAUUUAUCUGGUUUAUCUUCCUUUUCUGACAAUAGUCCACAUCGCCGAGGUGACGUGCGGCUGCCCGGCGGUGUGUACGUGUCCUGAUGAGCCCCUGAUGUGCCCGCCAGGGGUGAAUGCCGUGCCAGACGGAUGCGGCUGCUGCAAGGUGUGUGCAGCGCAGCUUAACCAAGACUGUAGUCCCAUGAUGCCUUGUGACCACCACAAGGGUCUGGAGUGCAACUACGGUAACGACGUGACCAUUGGCCAGGGCAUCUGUCGAGCAAAGUUACAGGGACGCACGUGUGAGUACAACAGCAGAAUCUACCAGAAUGGGGAGAGUUUCCGUGUCGGCUGCAAGCACCAGUGCACCUGCAUCGACGGCGCCGUGGGCUGUGGCCCACUGUGUGAGAACCAGCUGCCGCCGGCGUCCCCGUCCUGCCCGUACCCCCGACUUGUCAGGGUGCCAGGUCAGUGCUGCUUCACUGUGGACUGCCAUAAGGGCAUCUGGCGCCUGCCAACUAAACACCAGCCAAGCCAGCACCAACCUCACCGCUAUCCUGUUCUGUACCAGCCUGGGAAUGGACUGGUGUCGAGCAACGAGAUUCUAAGCAGCAGACCCAGUGGCUGGGAGGAUGAACGUGACUACAGUCAUGUACCUGUUUGGAACCAUCUGACAGAGCAGUGUGUGGUCCAAACCACGGAAUGGUCCCAGUGCUCCCGUAGCUGUGGGAUGGGGGUAUCUUCACGUAUAACCAACAACAACCCCCAGUGCAAGAUGGAGAGGGAGACGAGAAUAUGCACCUUACGGCCAUGCCAUGGCCUGCCUGGCCCAGCAAAGAAAGGCAAGAGGUGUUCCCCGACCCACAAGACCCGAGAGCUCGUCCGCCUCUCUCACGGCGAAUGCCUCAGCACCCGCCUCUACCGGCCCAACUACUGCGGCGUGUGUACGGACGGACGGUGCUGCUCCCCGCGGCGCACGCGCACCGUACCCGUGACCUUCGUGUGCCCGGAUGGCGAGCGCUUCCAGAGGAUGGCCAUGUUCAUCCAGUCAUGUAAAUGCAGCAAUGAGUGCAGCCACCUUAACGAGGUGGCCCUCCCUCCACAACACUAGCUGUAUGGGGGACACAAGACAU